AUGAAUGCAAUCGCUUUUUGUACUAUGCUACUUUUAGUUAUAUUUCUCUAUCUAUCGUUUAAUGAUCAUGAAAAAUGUGAUAAAAAUAUAACUAAUAGUGUUAAAAACAAUGAAGAAGAAAAAAAUAUUUCUAGGAUUUCCGUAACACCUACGAUAAAAACUGCUGCUUCAAUUGAUAAUAAUAUACUUGCUUUUAAUAUAACUAUUAUUAAUAAUUUAACUACCACAACUUUUUCUACUCCAAUUAUUUCAACAACAAUUUCUACAUAUACAGUUACUAAUACUUCUACAUCUAAAUUAUUUCAACAUAAGAAUCUAUCAACUACAAAACAAAAAAUACCAGUAACUUUUUAUCAAGUAGAAAACAUGACAUCAAUGUUAAAUUCUAUGACAGAACCAAGUAUUACUAAUAAUAAUAAUAUAAAUCCAUUAACUUCCUUGUACAUCAAUAAUACAACACCAAUGACUACGACAAUAAUGAUAGAUAUUUCAACAAAAAAUAAUAAUGAAAUUUUAAAAAAUGUAGGAUUUAUUAUUGCCGUCAUCAUACAAAUACUAAUCAUGUUAAUGACAUGUUUCGUCUUAUGUAGAUGUAUUCAUAAGAAUACAGUCAAACAAACUCCAAAUAAUAAUAUGAUUGCACUUGAUGAAUUUAAUCGAUGA